AACCGGAAAUAGGUGUGCAUGCGGAAGCGCAGACAAACAUUUGAGCACGGUUCCUUCCGUGCUUAAUGGAAGUUUGUAAGAAUGAAAUGUCAUUGAGUUUGUUUUUGCAAAGUUGAAUUCCACAGUUAAAUAACGUGAAGCGUCAUUUGAAGCGCCUGACUUUAGAGCUGAAGGUCUUUAGGUUUAUUUUCAUGUUGCUGGAGAGUUCACAGAGUUUGUGAAUCUGACUCCACAUACCUGACAUACAUCCUGACAGGUGUCAUGUCGACAGCAGAUUGUGCAGACAAGCUAAGAGACAAAAUGCGCUGAUGGAGAACAUCCGAUCACGGCUGAAAUUUGGGAAUAAAGGCGAUGACGUGAAACUGAGGAAACGCAAAUCCCAGCUGUACUCAAAGGAAAGAGAAUCUGCUCUGAACGACGGUGGGCUGAGAGUCAGAGUUGUUGUGUUUUGUUUGGUGUUCAGACUGAUCAACUGCGUCCUGGUUCAGACCAGCUUCGUCCCUGAUGAGUACUGGCAGGCUCUGGAGGUUUCCCAUCGUAUGGUCUUCGAUUAUGGGUAUCAGACCUGGGAAUGGACAGAAGGAAUACGAGGAUAUUCCUAUCCACUCUUCUUUGCAUUUAUCUUCAAGAUAUUACACUUCUUAAGCUAUGACUCAGUGUUUCUUCUGAUAUGGCUGCCUCGAAUCAUUCAAGCACUCCUGGCUGCGUUUGCAGACGUAAAAUUCUUCUUCCUGAUACGAACGUUGCAGAGUCCAGAUGUGGCCAACUGGACGUUCUUCUGCCAUCUUUGCUCGUGGUUCUCAUGGUACUGCUGCACCAGGACCCUCACCAACAGCCUGGAGACCACCCUCACCUAUCUGGCUCUGUGUUACUUUCCCCUCCCUGGGUCUAAACAACACAGCAGCAACAAAUAUUUGACCCUGGUUGCCCUGGCGGUCGUUUGCCGACCCACAGCCCUGAUAGUCUGGUUUCCUCUGCUGAUGUACCAUUUCUGUCAGGAAGAAAACAAACUGAGGAUCAUCACUCACAACUACCUUCCCAUAGGAGUUGUGGCUGUUGUGAUGUCAACACUGAUUGAUUGUAUAUUCUAUGAAAAGUUGACCCUGGUGCAGUUGAACUUCCUGAAGUUUAAUAUCUUCCAUGGUGUGGCAGAUUUUUACGGCUCUCACCCUUGGCACUGGUACCUCACUCAGGGGUUUCCCGUCAUCAUGAGUACUCAUCUUCCUCUUUUUCUUCACGGGUGCACCCUCGCCUUCAAAAAGUAUAAAGUUCUCCUGGCAGCAGUCGUCUGGACCAUCAUAGUGUACAGUUUUCUUCCUCACAAGGAGUUCAGAUUCAUAUAUCCGGUGCUGCCGUUCUGCAUGGUCUUCUGUGGGAUCUCGUUGGCUAGUCUCAAAGAGUGGAGAAGAGCUGCUGCAUUUGUGUUGUUGCUGAGUAACCUGACAGCCGCUCUGUACACCGGCCUGGUCCAUCAGCGAGGAACUCUGGAUGUCAUGAGUCACAUCCAGACGCUUUGUGACACAAGCAGCUCCUCCACCCCUCCUGACGUCCUCUUCCUCAUGCCUUGCCACUCGACGCCUUUUUACAGUCAUGUUCACUGCCCAAUGAAGAUGAGGUUUCUCGAGUGUCCUCCGGAUCUCGGAGAGGAAGCUUAUGUGGAUGAAGCGGACAGUUUCUAUGACGACCCUCUUCUCUGGCUCAGGAAAUCAUUUCCUUACAAAUCUUCUCUGCCGACUCACCUGGUUCUGUUUGAUGUCCUGGAGACGGAGAUCUCUGUCUUUUUGAAAGGGAACAACUUUGUGAGGACAGCAGAGAUAUUUCACACUCAUUUUCCUGAGGGAAGAGUUGGAGGAAGCAUCUUUAUUUAUGAAAGGCACUGAAAACCACUGGAAAACUUUUCUAUUUAGAAAGAGAACAACAUGCUACUGAAAUAAAUAUAUUUAACUCAAAUGUCA